CCAUGACGUCACUGACACCCACGGAGGGGGCGGAGCUUCGCUACUCAUCAACACGGCUGCUGCCUGUUGUUGUUCCGCUCCAUGCUAAUGCUAACAGCUAACACUGUCAAGAUGUCGUCACAGCGGCACACGGAGCGACGCUCGCGCUGCUAACCUCUCGCCUCGUUCCGUCGGUCCGUUAGCUCGGGUUAGCGCUGAUUAACCCUGGUUAUCUGUCCCUCUCCGGGGUUUACCACCCGGUUUCAUCGAUGCUAACCGCUUAGCACUGUUAGCAUGUCCUAGUGUUAUCAAUGCUAGCCUCCUUGGCUGGUUAGCAUUUAGCUCCCGUUGUGUUGGCCCGUUAGCUCUGUUUUGUAACUUUAACCCUAACCCGGGACAUUUCCGUGAUAAUGCGCGGCCGUGUGCAGACAGCAGAGGUUGUAAAUGUCGGGACGUGUUGUUCUCCGGAGCUAACAGCUGCUAGCAGCUAACGUUAGCUGCUAGCUCAUGUCUUUGUUCGGAGCCGUUAGCUCGGGCUGUUAGCAUAGCUAGCCGGUAGAUUAGAUUAGAAGAUAACACCCUGUGUAUUCCUGCCAGCUGUCAGCUGUUUCCGGGCAGAUUUCAGGGUUUAUUAGAUUUUGUGGCUGACAUGCAGCGGUCAGCUCCUCCAGCUGUGUAGUCGCCUUCAUUGUCAUCAUCAUCCGGGUCAUUAUGGCCCUCCGAGCCGCAGGCUACCUGCUCAUCCUCUCAGGAUGCAUUGCUGCAUCUCAGAGGAACGACAACGUCUACGUGUCGGGGAUUUCUAACGCAUGUGGAGAUGUAGCGGAGCUGCUGAGGGGGUCCAGUGGGGUGAUCACCAGUCCUGGUUGGCCCUUCCAGUACCCGUCCAAACUCAACUGCAGCUGGACCAUCAGGGCCCGGCCCGGGGACGCCAUCACCAUCAGUUUCCAGGACUUUGAC